UUCAUACAUAGAAAGGAAGAGAUACCUACCUCACUAUCUUUUUAAGCCUUUUAAGGAUCAAAAGCUUAGUUUUUCAUUGCAGAAUAUCAAUAUGGCCAAAGGUGAAGAAGUAAGCAACAAGCAGGUUCUCUUGAGAGAACAUGUACAUGGGGCUCUCAAAGAGACACACAUGGUUUACAGCACAAGCACCACUCAUCUGGAGGUUCCUCAAGGCUCCAAAGCCAUUCUAGUGAAGAAUAUCUACUUGGCUUGUGAUCCCUAUGCAAGAUCACUGAUGACUUAUAUCCAGCCUGGCAUGGCUAUACCUGGGUAUGGAGUAGCUAAAGUCUUGGAUUCUGAUUACCCAGACUUCAAAGAAGGUGACUUUGUGUGGGGGGUGACAACAUGGGAAGAGUACAGCCUCAUUAAGGAGCCUGAGUCCAUGUUUAAGAUUCACAACACAGAUGUACCUCUCUCCUACUAUACAGGAAUUUUGGGUAUGCCGGGUCUUACUGCUUAUGUUGGUUUCUUUGAGCUUUGCUCCCCUAAGAAAGGAGACUAUGUCUUUGUGUCAUCGGCAUCCGGUGGAGUUGGGCAGAUUGUUGGACAGUUCGCUAAGCUAAUGGGUUGCUAUGUAGUUGGAAGUGCUGGCUCUGAUGACAAGGUUGAAUUAUUGAAGAACAAGUUUGGGUUUGAUGAGGCUUUCAACUAUAAAAAAGAGCAAGAUUUGGAUGCAGCUUUGAAAAGGUAUUUCCCGAACGGUAUUGACAUUUACUUCGAGAACGUAGGUGGUAAAAUGCUUGAUGCAGUUCUCCUCAACAUGAGCUUGCACGGUCACAUUGCUACAUGUGGAAUGAUUUCACAAUACAACCUUGAGCAGCCUGAAGGAGUUCACAAUUUGAUGAACCUCAUCACUAAGAGGAUUCGAAUGGAGGGGUUCGUAGUUUCUGAUUACUAUCACCUCUAUCCCAAGUUUGUGGAUUUCACUCUUCAAUACAUCAAAGAAGGGAAGGUGGUAUAUGUAGAAGAUAUUACUGAAGGCAUUGAGAGUGGUCCUUCUGCCUUAAUAAGACUCUUUGCAGGCCAUGUAGUUGGAAAACCAGUUAUUCGCGUCUCCCACGAAUGAAUGUCGCCAUAGUGUAACCAACUUCUAGUGUAUGAUUAUAAAUAAAGAAGAAAGAAAUUUUAGCAGCACCAGUAUAUGGCUAGGGUUGUAUUUUUUCUACUAGGAUCCAACGGUGGUCAUUGAUGAUUCUGAGUCCUUGAAAGAAAAUUGUGUUAAGUUAAACAUAUUUUGUCCUUAUUUUAUAUAUAAAUAUUCUAGAGUUUUUUAAAUUUAUUUUCCA